CAUCUCAACCAACAAUCUGACGUAAAAUCACCAAAGGAAAGGCAGGAAUAAUGACAAUGGAGUUUGCUAAAGUGAUUCAUGUGGAGGUGGUGUUUUACUUGUUGCUCCCACUGGUGUCCAGUCUGGUCUACCACACGAAAGAGGAAAUGCCGAUCGGGACCAAGAUCGGCAACGUCGCUAAAGACAGUGGACUCAAGUCCACCUUGCCAUCGGAAAGAUUGGCCCAGCUGAAGUUCAGUCUCCUCGUUCGUGGUUAUCCUCAUACAAAACUUUUCUCCAUUGGAGAGCGCAAUGGCGAUAUACGCACCAAAGCUCAUCUUGAUCGAGAGGCGCUGUGUGGCAGUUCUCCCACCUGUGAGCUGGACAUAGUUGUAGGAAUUUUAUCAGACAUGUCAGAUUUCUACCAGGUUGUGCCUAUUCAGAUCAAUGUUCUUGAUAUAAAUGACAAUGCUCCAGAGUUCUCAAAAUCUACUCUUCAAGUGCCAAUUCCGGAAUCUGCCAAGUUAGGUUCCCGUUACAUAAUUCCCACCGCUACUGACCGAGACAUUGGAAACAACACAAUCCAGUCUUACAAACUGUUAACACCAAGCCACCUUUUUGGAUUAGAGGUUACACGAAGUGAGAGCGGACACGUGGAAGCCUUCCUCGUGUUGAAUGGUACAGUGGACAGAGAAAGAUCUGAAGUGUACCAGGUUAAAGUCAUGGCUCUAGAUGGUGGAGAGUCUCCCAAAACUGGCACUGUGGAACUGAAUAUUUCUGUCACAGACGUGAACGACCAUGCUCCACACUUCACGCAGCCACGUUACGAGGCCUCGUACAGAGAAAACACAAAGGUUGGGAGAACUUUGCUAAGAGUGGAGGCCAGAGAUUUUGACCGUGGUCCGAAUGGACGGGUCAGUUAUCACUUUGGGCCACAAACUUCUGCUGAAACUCGCAAAAUGUUUUCAAUAAAUGAAGCGAAUGGAAAGAUAAAACUGGAGAGGAAGUUAGAUUACGAAACGAAAACAAAAUAUGAUUUUGUUGUCAAGGCAACAGAUCACGGCAGCCAGCCAAAAACAGCAGAAGCAAUGGUGGUGAUCAGUGUAGAAGACGUCAAUGAUAAUACACCGUCCAUGCACUUUAACCUUUUGUCGGGAGGGGACUUUGCCAUGCUCUCCGAAAAAGCAGGCCCAGGGAGCUUCAUUUGUCAUUUAUCUGUGGUUGAUAAAGACUUUGGCAAAAACGGCAAGGUGGAAUGUAAAAUUUCUCCAGCAGGCUUCAUACUUAAGAGACUCUAUGGAAAUGAAUUUUCAGUUCUUCUUAAUAGGACACUGGAUAGAGAGACUUCACACGCUUAUGAGGUGCACAUAACCUGUAAAGAUGGGGGGAAUCCACCUCGGCAAGGAUCAGGUGGUUUUCAUGUGGAGGUGACAGAUGUGAACGAUAACCCUCCACAUUUCCAGCCUCCAAAUUACAAAAGGACCCUUAAGGAAACAAACAAUACAAACCAGUUCAUUAUACAGGUGUUUACCACGGACAGAGAUGCAGGGGAAAACCGCAAUGUGACCUAUAGCUUGGAAUCUCACCAAAAUCUCUUCAGCAUUGAUCAGAAUGGUAUCAUCAACACAAUCAGCGCACUGGACAGAGAGGAGCAUUCGCAAAUAGAACUGAUCGUUGUGGCUAAUGAUAAUGGUAAACCCAAACUGUCGUCCACAGCCAUUGUUACUAUCACAAUUGAAGAUGUUAAUGACAACAAGCCAGUGUUCGAGCAAAAUUUUGACAAUUUUCGCGUUGUGGAAGACGACCCUUCAGGAACUAUUGUCGGCCAACUCACAGCAACGGACCGAGAUGGAGGUAAAAAUGGUGAGGUGGUAUACUCCUUAAUGAAGAACCCUGCCCAGGAUUUACCAUUUUACGUGAACCCUGUUGAUGGCACAGUGAGAACAUCUAAGGUCCUGGAUAGAGAAGCACAAGAAAAAUACUCUCUGACAGUAAUAGCCAAAGACCAGGGGGAUUUAAAACAGCUGAGCAGUGUAGCUAGCAUAUCUGUAGUGGUACUUGACAGAAACGAUAAUGACCCUGUGUUUAUCUACCCUAAUGACAACAACAACACAGUUGAGGUGUACCACACGGCUUACAUUGGUACCUUGUUGGCCAUCGUUAAAGCAAGGGACAGCGACAGAGGCGAGAAUGCUACGAUAGUCUACCGCAUCGUCAGCGGAAACCACAAAAAUCAAUUUCAAAUUGACAAGAAAAGUGGGGAGAUUUUCCUGGUAAAGGAAUUUACAGCGCAGGAUGUGGGUCAGCACUUCCUGUUUAUAUCAGCCUCUGAUGGAGGUAAUCCGCCCCGGAGAAAGUCAGCUAAACUUAUCCUCAACAUUCACUUUGGGAAUGUAACACACUCGUUUUCUCCAUCCCGAGGGAACGGCAUGGCCAUAGACAGCAUGAUCAUUGGCAUAUCGCUGGCGCUAACAGCCAUUUUACUGGCCAUAAUCAUAAUUGUGACAAUUGUUAUCCUGCGACUUCGCAGACGCAAAAGGACUAACGAGGAAUCAGCAAGGGCUGAGGCUGAGCAUAUGAUGUCUGGCUCAAACAGUGACCAUGGUGGGUUUGGUAUAGCCAAGUCAAGUACCAAACAGCCUACCAUUGCCAGAGACGACACCAUGAUGCAGCAUACUAAGUUUUCCCUUGGACCUGAAGUCACCCAAACAACCCUUCCCAGUCCUACAUUUUCCACCUUUACUGGUCAGAACACCUACAUGGCUUCUGUCGAUCACCACAACAACAUGACAUACCCUCAGGAUUGUGGGGCUGUAAACAUUGCAGAUAGAUUUCCUCCGGAUGGCCAAGAUAUAGAAAUGACCACGUCUCGCACAGGUUCCAACAGCCCCCAUCAUAAUACAACGUACGAAACUUACAGGAGCUUGGAAAGAGAUCCCACAAAAAGGCUAUCAGAUGUGCCAUAUAUACCCGAUGUACUGCAGAAACUGGACGCUCACAGCGACAUAUCAGGCGAGACAACAGCCAGCGACAGCGGACGCGGCGGAAGUGAGGAAGAGGCCAAAAAUAGCAUCAACAACAACAUCAAAGGUUGUGAUAAGAUGGGAAAAUCUCACGGCAAGAAGAAGAAGAUGGGGCAACUGAUGACUCCAGUGCUGAUGGAGGAAGAUACUGUCAAUCAAAGGAUAAAGACAUGGAUGGCCGACCAGCAUCCACAGCAUGCAUUCUUUCAACCCUCUAAUGGUUGCUAUGGAAACUAUCAUUUACCAAAUGAAAAUUUCAAAACUGGCCAGAUCCCCAGUACAAACCCGUCAAUUUAUGACCAAGGUGUUCAUUGUCCCAGUGCGCUGCCUACGUCCCUGGCAGCCAAUUAUAAGUGUGGCCCAUCAUGGAGAGGAGAUGUCCGCUGA